AUGCCUAAUUUGGAUCCAAAUGAUAAUAUGUACGAAUUGUUACACGAUGCAUUCGAUUUUUCAGGCCCAGAUGAUCACGAGAGUGAUGCAACAUAUAGACCUACACAGGGGCUUAAUACCGAAGCACAACAAUUUUUCAAAUUAGUAGAAGACGCCGAUAAGGAAUUACACCCAGGCUGCAAGAAGUUUAGUAAGCUCUCUUUCGUUAUUCGACUAUAUCACAUAAAGUGCCUUGGUAGAUGGAGUGACAAGUCAUUCACGAUGUUACUUGAAUUGCUAAAGGAUGCACUUCCCGAAGGGCAGCCCAUUUGUGACAAUGCUAGUAAGCUGACAAAUUUCAUAGGAACAACAACACGCAAUGGGGAAUAUGUUCCCCUUACAUUUAAUGAUUUGAGGGCGAUGACGAAUGCGAAGAAAGAUGAUAUGUGGGGGCUUGUCCUGUCAAAGUUUGAGUUUGACGGUAAUGCUAAGGCUUGGGUGCUGAAGUUAAUUGGUAAAAAAUGGAGGGAAUGGAAGCGCAAGAUGAAGAAACUCCACUACUCUUCUCAUGAGACUGAUGAGGAGCGGCUCACAAAUCUUAAUGAGUGGGACCAAGAGAAUCAAUGGAAGACUCUCGCUCGUUCUAAAAAAAAUAUAGAGCAUCGGAAGAAACAACUGAUUAACCACGCGGCAGGCAUGAAGAGUUUUAUGCGAAUACGUGAAGAAGAUAGGAAAAAGGCCAAUGGGGAGGGUCUAAGCCGAGCAGAUAUGUUUAUAUUGACUCAUACAUGCAAAGAUGGAAACCCUGUAGAUGAGGCCUCAUCAGUAGUAAUGGCAAAACUCAAUGAAGAAAUAUCUCAGCAACCUGAAGCCUCACAAAAUAGCACGACAAAGAAUGACCUAUUAUCUCAAGUCAUGGGAGAAGAUAGGUAUGGUCGUAUCCGCACUUAUGGGUUAGGACCAUCUCCAUCUGAUUUGUGGGGCACAACAUCCAGCCAGCAAAGGAUGGCCUCCAUUACUCAAAGGAGAGAAGAAAGAUAUGAGGAACUACAUGCUGACAUAGUCUCUCUAAAAGAAAAUAUAACUGCACUCUCAUCCUUAAGAGAAGCUGAAAUGUCAUCCCUUAAACAAACUAUGGUUGAAAUCUCGUCUGCAAGAGAUGUUAAAAUUUCUUCCUUAAAAGAAAAUCUGAUGAAAUUGAUAGUCACUAUGAACAAUGCAAACAAUAACCCACCCACAGUAUUUGGUGUUGCAGAUAGUUCUAACAUGAACCAACCGUCCUCAUCAUCAAGCCAUUGGGUGACCUCUCAGAAACACUCGACGAAUAAGGGGAAGACCACGAGUUGCACUAGUGCCGGGGAUGUGACUGGAGUUAGUCUUACAAGUAUCACGAAACCCGAGGUUACUAUUGCUAAAGGAGUUGUUUUGAGCAAGGAUCCGCUCACAAAAGUAGGGGGGCAUGAACUUAGAAUUGGUUUCUGGGAAGUAUUAAUUCAUGCGGCAAUAGUACGAGAUGAGGUUUUGAUAAGACCCUGUGGUGAAAUCCAUGCCGUCUGUUCACCUGGGCCAAUAGUCUGCUGGGCCCACGUCAGUAAACUAUGGCUGAACAUGAGGGAUGUGUUAGAUCCCACCCGUUCAUCUGAUGGAUGA